UUGAUCACUAGAACUACAUGAGCUUGGAAUCCCAUGCCAUUGUAGUCUGCGGACAAUACACCGUCAGUGUUCUGUCAGAGAAUUCACUCAACAUGUUAUGGAUUUCAACAACUAACGAGUGCCUGCAGAUUGAAGAUUUUGGGGCGCGCUCAUCAAAAGUAGACUUGCAGAUGGCGUCCCUAAAGUUGUCAGCUUUAAGUGUGUUUAGCCCUCGGAGUUUUAGUCGUAUUACAGCUGUUCUAACUCCACAUAUAAAGAGACAUGUAUGUACCACUAUCUCAAUGCAUAUGAAGUUAAAUGAGAUGAAACAUAUACUAAAGGAAAAUAAUAUCCCGGAAGCGGAUAAAAGGCAAAUAGAAAAAGAGGUUGAAGAAAUGACAAAGGACUGGAUUACCACGGGUUAUCACCAAACUGACAAAAAAGAAGAUACUUUCCUAUCACAGUUUAUACCUUUCGCUCUUCUUACACUCUGGAUUUUCCCGUUGUUUUUGUUUAUGUAUUACUCUCCUAAUCGUAGUUUUUCUGACUGGCUUUGGAGAGAAGCAUAUUUGGAAAUAGAAAGACGAAGAAGAGAUGGCCUACCUCUUGUAGAUAAAGAUCUAAUCCCUGCUUCCCGUGUUCAGCUGCCUCCAGUUGAUCAACUCGACCCUGAUUUUAAGAUUAUUAUAUAAACAUUUAUAGUUUAGGAAUUUAUACGCCCGAUAUAGUUCAGCCAGUUGAUUCUAGUUUUUAUUUAUUGACAGUGUAAAUAACUAAAUAAAAUAUUUC